AUGCCAGUCUUUGACAAGUCUAUCAUCUCUCCCGGCGCCACCGUCCUGGUGACUGGCGUGAACGGCUUCGUCGGCUCCCAUGUCGCCGACCAGCUUCUGGAUUACGGCUACCGAGUCCGCGGAUCGGUCAGAGACGUCCAGAAGGCAGCUUGGCUUGCAGAGUUGUUCGAACAAAAAUACGGCUCGGGCAGAUUUGAGCUAUUUCCUGUAAAGGACAUGGUUCUGGAGGGUGCUUUCGAUGAGGCCGUCAAAGGCGUCUCUGGCGUGGCUCAUGUGGCAGCUGUUAUGACCAUGGAUGCCGACGUGGAGACGGUGAUGAAUACCACAGUCACUGGCACGCUCAAUGCGCUGAAAUCUGCGGCAAAAGAGCCGAGCGUAAAGCGGGUUGUCUUGACGUCUUCUUCUGUGGUUGUCAGGGACAUGGGCUCGUACGUCCCCGAAAGACCGGUGGCAGUGAACGAGUACAACGAUGGAGCUCUUGAGCUUGUGCGAGACAUGCCGGUUUCAUGGACGGAUCGACAGAAAGGCCAUGUUGUCUACACGGCCUCGAAAGUGCUCAGUGAGAAGAAGGCUUGGGAAUGGAUGAAGGAGCACAAGCCGCACUUUGGUUUGAACACGGUGAUCCCUCCUAUGAUACUGGGUCGCUCCUUGAGCGUAGAGAAGCAAGGUCAUCCGGGUUCUUCAGGGCUUCCAGUCAGUGUCUUCUUGGGUAAGCUCGCCGGGUUGGAGUUCAUGUCUCAAUUCUACUUUGUCAACGUUCAAGACGUCGGUCUGCUCCACGUUGCAGGCCUGGUCCAUCCUGACGUCGACGGUGAGCGCAUGUUCGCGUAUGCUGGCACAUACACUUUCAACGACUGGCUAGGGUUGUUCAGAAAGUUCGCUCCGGACAAGACAUUCCCGGACGACAUGCCUGGCUUGGAUCGCAGCUUCAGCCGUAUUGAGGGGAGAGAUAGAUCGGAAGCGUUGCUGAAGGAUUUGGGGAGAUCGGGGUUCACGGGACUGGAGGAGACGCUGAGGGCGAAUGUGGAAGAGCUUGUGUAA